UCGCGUCCCCUCCCCGGUAUCUCUUCUCUGCCGGCAUAGCGGAUCGGUGGCGGUGCCGUGCUGGGGGUUUAUGGAGCAUAUUUUACUCUGAAAACAUUGCUGCUAAAAAACUCCAAACAGGAGGAGUAAAUCCAGUCAGCUUGUCAGGUCACUGGCUCGGUGUAACAGUGCUUUCAUGAGGUGACGUUGGGCCAAAGUCAACUUUCCUUUCUCCUCUGUAAACCUGCAGCCAAGCAAUGGGCCAGAAAAUCUCAGGGAGCAUAAAGUCUGUGGAUGUGAGGGAGCCCCCUUAUAGACCCGUGAAACGAGAGCUGAGAGGCCCGGAUUUCUGCAAGCCCGCGCGCCUGGACAUGCUGUUGGAUAUGCCCCCUGCCAAGCUGGAGGUCCAGUACAAACACGCUUGGAAUAACGAAGAUCGCUCAUUAAAUAUAUUUGUAAAGGAAGACGAUAAACUGACUUUUCACAGACACCCGGUGGCCCAGAGCACAGACUGCAUCCGGGGCAAGGUGGGCUACACGCGGGGCCUGCACGUGUGGCAGAUCCACUGGCCCACGCGGCAGCGGGGCACCCACGCCGUGGUGGGCGUCUCCACGGCCGACGCGCCGCUGCACUCGGUGGGGUACACGUCCUUGGUUGGUAGCAACAGUGAAUCCUGGGGCUGGGAUCUGGGGCGCAACAAACUCUACCACAACUGUAAAAACCAGCCCGGGGUCACGUACCCUGUGUUUUUGGAACCAGAUGAGUCUUUUGUACUCCCAGACUCCUUACUGGUGGUUUUGGAUAUGGACGAAGGGACGCUUAGCUUCAUGGUCGAUGGACAGUAUCUUGGAGUGGCCUUCAGAGGACUAAAAGGGAAAAAACUUUACCCCAUAGUCAGUGCAGUUUGGGGGCACUGUGAAAUUACCAUGAGAUACAUCAACGGACUUGACCCGGAACCCCUGCCUUUAAUGGACUUGUGCCGAAGAUCAAUUCGUUUUGCUCUUGGUAGAGACCGCCUGCAUGACAUAGAAAUUCUACCUUUGCCUCUGUCUCUGAAAAAUUAUUUACAGUACCAAUAAGACAUCUAGAACCCUCUGGCCUCACAUUGGACUUCAUCAAUGCAAAUGGCAGAAAAUUGUUUACAGCAAAAUAUAAAUCUUUGUGAUGGACACUUAAGUGUUAUUUAAUUUUUAAUAUAUAUAUUUUUUUCUGAACCAGUGAAAGCAGAUCACUGUGGGGGACUACUAAAGAAUGUGAAAACAUUGAUUUGAUUGAGGUUCAUGUGUUACCUGUUGCCUUUUGUGUUUACAGUCCUGAAGGCUAUAAUUUUCAUCUCUCAUACUUUGAUUGGUUUAUCUUUGUUGCUUCUGGUAAAUGCCAAUAGAAAAUCUGACCUGCAAGAUUCACUAUCCUGCAGACAGAUUUUUCAACAUUAUGAUUUUCAUUUUU